GCAUGCUAAAGUUAUAUUUUUUUAAUUUGUAUACUGGAUAUCCCUUGACUUAUGAGUUUUAAUUAAUUGUUUACUUACCACUUGCUACUUAAAUAAUGAAAAUUACAUGGUAAAGUUGUUUAUUUUUUGAUUUGUUUACUGGAUUCUUAGGAUGUCUGAUGCAAUGUUUGUGUUUGAGGUUCACCAUGGGGGUUACUUUGAGAAUGUGCCAGCAAAAAAGUAUUCAAUGGGCAAGGUUGAGUUCAUAAGAAAUGUAGACAAAGACCUAAUGUCGUAUUUUGAGCUGAUAAGCAUGAUUAAGGACUUGGGGUGUUCAGAAAAUUGCAACAUAUAUCAUAAGCUCCCUGAUUGUGAUUUGGAUGGUGGGUUGAGAGAGUUAAAGACUGAUACUGAGGUGUGGGACAUGUUUGCUAUUCAUAAUGAUAGAGAAACUAUUUCUAUUUAUGUGGAGAAUGUAGAGUUAAAUAUGGUUAAUGAUGUGGUAAAUCUGGAUAGUGACAUUGAAAAAAGUGAAGGCAAUGAGAGUGAAAGUGGGGCAGAUCCAAACAGUCCUAGAGGGAGUAUUGGUAGUAGUGACCUUGAGUACUUUGGAGAUGGAGAUGAGCUGUAUGAUUUAGGUGACACUAUUAGCACUAAACAGGUGAGUGAGACCCUUGUAGGUGGUUCUGAACCUUUUUCCUUCAACAUGGGAAGUGGGAGUGGAGAGGGUCCAUCAAACCUAUUACCUCCUGACAUACAAGAGGUGGAGGAUGAUGACCUAAAUACUCCAAUGAAUUCUGAUGAGGAGGGUAAAGUGGAGUUUCCUGAAUUCUUUGAGGAUAGGGAUAUGGAAAGGACAGAACUACAAAAGGGGAUGAUGUUUGCCAAUGCAACUAUUUUUAGGGCUGCUCUUAGAAAGCAUGCCAUCCAAAAUGGGACAGAAUUUGUGUUUUUGAAGAAUGAGGGUGAUAGGGUGACGGUGAAAUGUAAAAAUGAAUGUGGUUGGAGAGUGCAUGCUAGUUUUUUUCAAGACACCAAAGCAUUUCAGAUUAAAAGCUUACUCAAUCACCCAUGUCAGUGUCCGAGAGUGUACAAAUUUGGGCAUGCUAAUUCUGCAUGGUUAGCAAGAACAUACAUGGACAGGUUGGCAGAUGAUCCUCAUUGGAAGGUUAGUGCACUAAGAAGGGCUGCUAAGAGGGACCACAUGGUGGAGGUUAGUGAUAGUCAAGCAUACAGGGCAAAGAAAAAGGCAUUAGAGACUAUUGAGGGUAAUCAUAGACGACAAUAUUGGAGGCUACGUGACUAUUGCGAAAUGAUUUUGAGGCAGAACCCUGGCUCAACAGCAUUGUUGAAAGUGGAGAGGACAUUACAGAAUACAGCCCCUGUCUUUCAAAGGAUGUUUGUCGCGUAUGAUGCACAAGUAAAGGGUUUUCUAGCUGGUUGUAGACCCAUAAUAGGGCUUGAUGCAUGUCACUUGAAGGGACCAUUUGGUGGUCAACUAAUGGCUGCUGUUGCAAAGGAUGCAAAUAACCAAUUAUAUCCAUUGGCUGUGGCUGUGGUUGAAGCCGAGCUCAAAGAUAGCUGGCUUUGGUUUCUUGAUGAACUGCUUGGUGUAAUAGGGAGGCCAAAGGAGAGAGACUGGACAUUCAUUUCAGAUAGGCAAAAGGGUUUGGUUGAGACUUUCAAGCAAAUGCUUCCUGGGGUUGACCACAGAUUCUGUGUUCGACACAUGUAUGCCAACUUCAAGCUUUUAUUUAAAGGUAAGGACCUCAAGGAUCUAGUAUGGGCUGCUGCUUGUUCUUACACUAUUCAGGAUUGGGAAUAUUUCAUGCAACAGAUCAAAAGUAUUAAUAAAGAUGCUUAUGAAUGGCUGAUGAGAGAACCUCCAUAUGUGUGGACUAGAUCUAUGUUUAGCCCUAUACCUAAGUGUGAGAUGUUGGCAAACAAUAUUAUAAUUGAUGCAGAUGCAAAGGAGGUCCACCACUUAUGGAGAUGUGUAUUUUUCAGCCGGAGUGGGAAGCUCAAGAGGUGGUGCUAUUGUCCAAAUUAG